CGCCCACCGGCCUCUGCUUCCUGCUCGUCAUCGCUGAUGUCUCCGAGCCGGGACACACUCGGAUAACAACGACCGACGCUACCCUCUGGAACCCCCGGCACCAUGGACAACUUCUGACGGGACUUCGGAAAGUGAAAUGCGGACAAACGAGCGACCGAUCGAGCAGUGAAGGCCACCUGUACCCGGGGGGAAAUGCAGGACCCAAGCGGGAAAGCGGCACCCGGGAGCCCCGCUGCGCAGAAUUCAGUACAUUUAAAUGGACACACUGUCACUCAAAAUGGCCACAACCCGACAUCUACAACUGUGCCGACAUCAGACCUGGAGUCCCGACCCCCGAGUCCAAUGCCCGUCACUGACCCCACCAUCCCGAGGGAGCAGUGGGGCGGGAAAUACGAGUUCCUGUUGUCCUGUAUCGGAUACUGUGUGGGACUUGGGAAUGUUUGGCGAUUUCCAUACCUUUGUUAUCGCAAUGGGGGAGGUGUGUUUCUCAUCCCCUACUUCAUUAUGCUCUUUGUUACGGGCGUCCCACUGUUCCUCAUGGAACUGAGUUUAGGCCAGUAUGGAGCGGCUGGUCCCAUCACUGUAUGGAAAUGCUGCCCUCUGCUCAAAGGCAUUGGUAUUGGGAUGAUCUGCGUGUCCACGUUGGUCUGUCUCUACUACAACGUCAUUAUUGCGUGGACAUUUUAUUACCUGGGCAGCUCCUUUCAGAGCCCUCUGCCCUGGUCAUGUGACGCUAUCGCCAAUGCUCCUCUCUGUGGUAACGCCAAUGCUAGUAAUAUCACAGGUGUCAAAACCCUCAGCCCCACAGAAAUGUUCUGGAAUGAACGUGUGCUGGGCGUCGUCCACAGCGAGGGGCUUCAUGACCCGGGGCCUGUGCGGUGGCAGCUGGCUCUGUGCCUGCUCGCUGCCUGGAUCAUCAUCUUCCUGUGUAUGCUCAAGGGCAUCCGCAGCUCCGGAAAGGUCGUUUAUGUAACGGCUACCUUCCCAUACUUUGUACUCGUUGUGUUGAUCAUCAGAGGGGCUACAUUGGAGGGUUCUAUGCAGGGCGUCGCUUUCUACCUCACUCCAGACUGGGGCCGACUGGCCAAUGCACAGGUAUGGAACGAUGCAGCCUCACAGAUCUUCUACUCACUAGGUAUAGGAGUUGGCGGGCUGCUUUCUAUGGCCUCUUAUAAUAAGUUUGACAACAACGUCAUCAGAGAUACACUGGUUAUCACCACAGGGAACUGUGGCACCAGCUUCUUUGCAGGAUUUGCUAUUUUCUCCAUCCUGGGUCACAUGGCAUGGAGGAAGGGUGUGCCUGUCGGACAGGUGGCAGACACAGGUCCUGGCUUAGCCUUUGUUGCUUACCCAGAGGCCCUUGCUCUGCUGCCGGGCUCAGUUUUCUGGUCCAUUUUGUUCUUCCUCAUGCUCUUUAUGUUGGGAGUCGACACACUGUUUGGAAACAUGGAGGGCAUCACUACAGCCGUACUCGAUGAGUUUCCACACCUCAGGAGAAACGCGGUGCACAAGUCGUUGUUCCUGGGUGCUCUGUGUUUUGGCUUCUACCUGAUGGGUCUCCUGUUAGUGACUAAUGGAGGGAUUUACUGGUUCACUCUCAUUGACUCCUUCAGCACUAGUUUUGGCCUCAUCAUCAUCACCCUCUUCAUGUGUAUUGGCAUCUCCUUCUUUUAUGGAAUUAACCAGUUCUGUCAGGACAUCAUUGAUAUGAUCUGUCACUGUCCUCCCUGGUGCAGUAAAGUGUUGCUUUACUUCAAAGCAUGCUGGGUUUUCUUCACUCCCUUUCUUCUGUUGUUCAUCCUGACCUACAUCUUCAUUGAAAUGUACAACACAUCACUGCACUAUGGAUCCUACGUGUACCCGCGUUGGGGUAAAGCGCUGGGUGUGUGCAUGGGAGCGACCUGCUGUCUGCAGAUCCUCAUUUGGGCCAUUGUGGCCAUCAGCAAGGAAACUGGAACGCUGAAAGACCGUUUCCAGAAAGCAAUCCGACCUCUGAAUUCCUGGAGGGUAAAUAACUUGAACAGCACCGGGAGAGUGGAGGAGAGGGUGGAGCCUGAGAGAGUGGAGGCUCCGUUUACCGUCACUCUCACAGAUAUGGACUUUACUGCCAUGACAUGGGAGAUUGGAAGCCAAGCAUGAGCAGGAAGAAGAACAGUGAUGAGCACACAGUGAUGCACAAACUAAGAGACAGAGGAAUUUAUUAUUAUGUUUUUAGCCCCAGCCAGGCUCUGGUGGCUCCAUCUGAACUGUGCGUCCUGCAGGGCAGCGUGGAUGAAUUGCUUUAUUUAUACUGUUAUGUAUUUUUGAAAGGUUUUUUAAACUUUUUUUUAACAUUGUGUAGCAUGUUACUGUUGACUGUGUGGAUCAUCGUCACUAUCUUACGCUAAGUUCACACUGCAGGUAAAAGUGACACAAAUCUGAUCUUUCCACUCAUGUGACACAUCUGUUUUUUUUUCUUUUUAUGGUCCUGCUGGUCUUUCUGAUUCUGCUCUGGGCCACUUGUGUAUGUAGUCCUGGAUCAAAUACAUUUCUGAUCUUUUUCAUUGCAAUGUCUGUCUGAAUAGUCAGAUCAGAAUGAAUGUAACUUUUCCGUCACUGUAAAUGCAGAUUUGUCACAACUGUGCACUAGAGGGAGUCAUUCACAUGUUCAUAUGCAACUUUCACACAAAUGCAGUGGUAAAAUGACUGCACAACAUCAUAUAUGAUAGUAAAACACUAAUAGAGAGAUUUGUACUGAGUAUUUUAGCUUAAAAUUAAGGUUUUGAACAUACAACUGUUACUUGUGGAAAAGUUUGUAUUAACACUUUUACUGAAGGGAAUGAUCUGAGCUCUUCUAACUCCACUGCUUAUGUUCAUGUGGUUCUGUUCAGGACUGUGACCACUGGAAUUAGAUAUGUAAAGGUUAACUUGCUUUACGGUCCUUGCAGGGAAAUUUCUGCAUUUUUCCCAACAAAAUGCACACAUAGUAUCUAGCAUUAGCAGUUAGCACUUAGCACACAUUAGGAGCAGUGGGCUACCAUUGAAGGCCCUCAGGGACCAACUCCAGAUCUUCAUCAGUAUCAUAAUCAGGGACCCUGACCUGAGAAUUAACCUGUAAGUGCACUAUGCAAAAUAAUGUCAACAGACAAAGAAAAUCAGAUCACAGCAAUAAAUCAGAAUUGGGCACUAAUGCCAGCAGUGUGAACGCAGCCUUAAAUGUCAUAAUAGGAUUUUAGGAGAAUAUGUCAAUGAUGAUCUCACACUUGUCUACAGACUUUAUUUAUUGUUAUAGUUGUGUAUUUGAAGAAUUUGUCUGAAAGUAGUAUUGUUUGAGAGACCUGAUUGUGUUCACAAUGUCUGAAGCAGAAGGGCAAAAAAAGCAGUCGUUUUUGCUUCUAGCUGUCAUCAGUCUGCAAUGAUGUAACAUUACAAACAUCCAGUUUCUUUUAAUCUAUAUUUUUUAAAAUAAAUGCUUGUUAGAUAAUAAAUACAUGUAAAAAUAAAGGGCCAAACUGUUUCUUCAGUGCUGUUCAGAUAUUCAAAA